AUGCCAAAAAUACCAAGAACCAACACCAUUGACAAAUUCACCUUCACACGCCCCGGCGACGUCGUCUACGAAUUCCCCAAAUACACCUCCGCCUCCUGCAAAGUCCGCAUCACUCUGCCCCCGGGCAGCACCUGGACCUCAGGCCCACACUGGCACGAAAAGCGCGUCGAAUACUUCCGCGUCGUGCAAGGCGCCGCCUGGUUUACUCUCAACGGGGAAUACAAAGUCUAUCGGCCGUCCGAUGGCAACGUGCCGAUCCCAUUAUUUACAGUCCACGAAUGGGGUCGGGCUCCCGAGCAAGAAGAGGGGGAUUUAAUCGUCGAUGAAUGGACGGCACCGGCCGAUUCGUUCAAGAUUGCGUUUUUCCGUAACUUGAAUAGUGUCAUUCUGGAUGAAACGAGUGAUGGGAAGACACCGCCGAAGAAUGAGUGGUGGUUAACGCUGCAGCUGUGGGUGAUUUGCCAUGGGUUGGAUAAUUGGCCGGUUUUCUGUAGAGGGUUGUUUGGCGUGCAGUGGGUUGUCACGCAUGUGUUCUUGGCUUUGGUUGCGUUGGUAGGUUGGGCGGUCUGGGGGUUGAGGGCCGCUUAUGAUGAGUAUACGGCGCAGAGCAUCAAGGAUGUCAUUAGAGCUGCUAAGGAGGGGAAGAGGGUGAAGAGACAUUGA